AUGCUUUAUUCAACCUGUGGCAGCCAAAGAAGAUCAAAGAAAGAAAAAAAAAAAGCAAAAGCAACCCUGAAACGCCAUAGAAAAAAAAAUCCCUUGGCCUCGGUGUAUGAAGAACCUCCCAUCUUCGUCUACGCUGAUUUUGAAUCUAUGAUAGCGGAAGAUAACACACACAUCCCCGUAUUGGUCUGCGCCCUCACCUCUGAAGAUGAUACCUUCGAAACCUACUACGGGGAGAAUUGCACGGCCGACUUUCUGAACUUUCUCACCCAGCUCACCGAGGACAAAUAUGGCGACCCACGCGAGGUGAUAUGCAUUUUCCAUAAUUUAAAGGGGUACGAUUCUAUGUUUCUACAGCAUCAGUUGGUAAAGGAAGAAAGAAAGAUCAAGGACAUCAUCGCCAUAGGCACUAAAUGGUUAUCCUUCAAAGUGGGUCAAAUCACAUUCAAAGAUUCGUUCAGCUUCCUCCCGAUGUCACUCUCAGCCUUUACCAGUACCUUUGGUCUCACGGAACUCAAGAAAGGUUUCUUUCCUCACCUGUUCCACACACCUGACCAUCAAGAUUAUGUGGGAGCCCUGCCAGCAGCCUCCUGUUACGACCCAGAAAGUAUGUCCAAUUCUAAAAAAAAAAUUUCAAGUCUGGUAUGAAGAACAAGUGAAAAAGCAACACCCAUUUGAUCUCAAGCAAGAACUCAUAGCCUACUGCCAAUCAGAUGUCGCCCUUCUUAAAGCCGGCUGUCUUAAAUUUGUGAAUGAAUUCCAGUCCACUUCUGGGUUUGAUCCGAUGGAAAAAUGUGCCACGAUUGCGUCAGCAUGCAACAGAUAUUGGCGUAAAAAACAUCUUUCCAAGGAUACUGUGGCCGUUGAACCUGUAAGAGGAUGGCGUGGGGCACAAGUCAAUCAAUCAGAAGUUGCAUUAGAAUGGUUGAUGUGGCAGGAACAUCAGCUUGAAUCAGACAGCCCACGUAUCCAACAUGUUCGUAAUGGUGGGGAGAAGUUGAUACCCGCAGGGCCCCAGGCAUACCAUGUCGAUGGUUUUGAUAGCCACACAAACACUGUGUAUGAAUUUCAUGGCUGUUUGUUUCACGGGUGCAGACGUUGUCAUAAAGACCGCAAGAAAAUGGCGUUUUCAUCAGGCAGCUACACGAUGGAAGCUUUGUGUCAGCAGACGGAAGACAAAUGUCAGACACUCCGACAGAUGGGAUAUAAAGUGGUUCAAAUCUGGGAAUGUCAAUGGAAGGAGCAGAAAAAGGCCUCAAAGGAAAUUCAAGAUUUUCUCAAGGAAAUCAAUCUUGUACCACAGCUCAAUCCGAGAGAUGCGUUCUUUGGAGGUCGAACUGGGGCGGCGUCGCUUUAUUACAAGGCCAACACAGAUGAAGGCGAGCAAAUCAGAUACGUCGACGUCACCUCAGAAUAUCCCUAUGUAAACAAAUACGGCACCUACCCCAUAGGUCACCCCGAAAUAUUUUUGGAUCCAGACGACCAAGAUCCAGCCUCCUACUUCGGUAUAUUGACAGUGGACAUUUUACCGCCUUAUAAUUUAUACAAUCCCGUAUUGCCUCUUCGACAUGGAAAAAAACUGACGUUUCCAUUAUGUCGAAAAUGCGUGGAAGAUGAAAGUGCCAAACCGAUGUUGGGAAGAAAUUAUUAUUGUAGUCAUGGUGUGGAGGAUCGCGUGCUCACCGGUACUUGGUGUACACCCGAAAUCAUGAAAGCUGUCGAAAAAGGGUAUCAGGUUCUUCGCAUACACGAAGCAUGGCAUUUCCCACCAGACCAAAGAAAGCAAGGUCUGUUUGCCCCGUACGUAGACACCUGGUUGAAGAUAAAACAAGAAAGUAGUGGUUACCCCAGCUGGGCACAAACGGACGCGCAAAAAGAAGAUUAUGUUAAAAAUUACAAGGCAAGAGAAGGGAUAGACCUAGACCCCCAGCACAUCAAGAAAAAUCCAGGAAGAAAGGCCACUGCCAAACUGAUGCUGAACUCCUUUUGGGGAAAGUUUGGCGAACAAAUGAACAAGAUGAAAACGAAGCAAAUCACAGAACCACACGAGCUGAUUGAUCAUUUAAAUGACACAACGAUUGAAAUAUCAGACGUACGCAUUUUGAGUGCUGAUGUGAUUGAAUUGGCGUAUAAGAAGAUAGAAGAGGAUGCAGUAAAGGGGUCCAAGACCAACAUAUUCAUAGCAGCAUUUACCACCUGUCAGGCCCGUCUUAAGCUUUAUGAAUCUUUGGAGGCGUUGGGCGAUCGAGUCUUGUAUUAUGAUACAGACUCGGUCAUUUACACGUGGAAGCCAGGUCAAACAGAAAUUCCCUUAGGUGAUUACCUUGGCGAUAUGACCAAUGAAUUGGAUGAAGGGGAUUACAUCGUGGAAUUUGUGUCAGGGGUACCAAGAACUAUGGGUAUGCGACGAAACAUGGGAAAAUCGUGUGUAAAGUUCGUGGCUUUUCCCUAAACGUGCGUGGUGCCAAACAGCUUAAUUAUCAGGUCAUGAGGCAAAAUAUUUUGGAUGAAAUUUUAGACCCGCAGGACGAAAGAAGAGACACUGACAUUGUGAACCCGAGACAUUUUAGGCGUGAUCCCAUUGCCAAGAAGAUUAAGACAGAAACACAAGUCAAAAAAAUAUGGUUUGGUAUUCGACAAGCGGGUACUUCACGUAGGAACAUUUAA